CAAGGUUUUGUUAUCGCUGCUGUAAAACAUCAUUCUUAACCGGGCGUGCUCGUAAACUUGAUAUGCGGCAUCGAGGUAGCCAGGCUGGUUUCACCUCCCAUUAAAUAAAGAGUCCAAAGUUCAGCAAAGAUUCAUCAAAACCACCACGCAGGCAGCAGAGGUCGACCAGUCGCCGUCUCCGCCUGCUGAGCUGCACCUCCACUCCCUCCCACACUAGGAGCGAGUUAUGGAACCGAAGAGCAUUUUGAAAUCAACCCGAAAUGCCACCUUGCUGAAGAAGGCACAGGAAUACAGCACCACUCAGAGUAGCUCCAUCGGGGCCCUGCGCUGGAACUUGCCAGAGGAGGACAUCCAGGUCCACAACUCGGCCCCGAGCAGGCCCAUCACCAGCGGCAAGCUCACCGGACACUCGCAGCACCAGCAACAGCCUCGCCAGAACAGCUUGAAGGACCUGCGCAGCCUACAGGAGUGCGUGCAGUUCAUCCAACACUGGAAGGAGCAAGUGGACCAGGUUUGCAAGCAUGCCGGAGCGGAUCCAGAAGCGGCGCCCCCGAAGUCGGAGAAGUCCGUUUCACGCACCGAACGCAGUCUGGAGGAGAGCCGCAAACUCAUCUCCGAGUGGGCUGACGAACUACGCCACGUAGACAAGUUUCUGGAGGGGAAUCCCUGGAAACAAGACCGUGAAGACACACAAGAACACAAGAAGGACUUGGAUACCAACGAGGAUGCGCAAAUGAGGGUGAUGGAGUGGGCCAAGGAGGUUCAGACGGUUUCUGAGAGCUGCGGGGUCCAGAGCGAAGAGUUGGGUAAAGUUCUACGUCUGCUAGGCAUCAAGAAGAAGCGACUUGGCGUCAUGCUGCCUCUUCUGGAGUUCAUCACCUGGUCCCUCCUGAAGGAAGACAGCGCGGGCAUGAUGCCGCAGUUGUGGUUGUCGGCAAAGCAGCGUACAUGGAAACCGGGAUCGUCCAAAUACAUCCCCAACUCAGUUUGGGAUUGGAUCCGCUGCGCCGAAGCUGAUGUGCUUCUGGAUCCGAAAACCAACCACCCUUGGCUGACUCUGUCCGAGGACCAGCGGCAAGUCCAGGAGGGCCUGCGCCAGGUCGAGCUGCCGCACACCUCGCAGCGCUUCGAUAGCUGGCAAUGCGUGCUGGCCUGGGAGGGCUACAACCGGGGUCGCCACUACUGGGAGGUGGACAUCGCCAACAGCGGGUACUGGCGAGUAGGGCUCACCACCGUCAACUCCCAACGUCACGGUCGCUUCCCCAUGAACCCCAAGACGGGUUACUGGUGCUUGUGGCGCUCCACGCACCAGUUCUACGCCUGCACCAAGCCUGAGACGCCGCUACCCGCCGGCCUGGUGCCGCGUCGGAUGGGGAUCUUCCUAGACUACGAAGAGGGUCAGGUGUCCUUCUACAACGCCGAAAGCAAAACGCACAUCUACACCUUCACGGGCGCCUUCAAAGGGAAAGUGUACCCGCUGUUCACACCGCUAGACGGCCGCACUCUUAUGACCAUUAUGCCGCCGCGCAGUAUCUAAACCAAACAUUUUGAAUGUGGGUAUGCACUUUAUAAGCAAAAAAACAAAAAAAACAAAAACAAAACACAAUUAGUUAUUCCGCAAACCAACAAGCCGCAGCUCACGGAUCAUCAGGGGAACCUUGGACCGCUAUUUCAGAACCAAUCUUUUUUUAUUCAGCCAAAUUGUCAAUAGAUAUCCAUAAUUAACACACUUUAUAUAUUAUAUAUUCAUGUGUACGACAUAAUCUUUCACCUGCAAUUGAUUCCCAUCACAAGCCUGGACAUAUGGUACACACGCGCACUUUAUCAUGUACAGAUUUUGUGAAAAUAAUUGUGUUGUGUUAUUUGGUGACAUUUUUUGGUAGUUUUUUUUUUUUGUUGGAAAAAAAAAAAGCCUAAUUUGCCCACCUGACAAGAGUGCAAUAUCUAUAAAUGUAUUUAUGUAUCAAGACUGUUGUUUGAAUGAAUAUAAAAUGUGAUUAUUUCAAGUAGCCCACAUUGCUGCAUUGCUAUUGUAUAUUAUUUAAUUGUCAAUAAAUAUA